AUGCGCGCCCUAGCAUCCGAAGAAUUUACCACCAUUGAAAUUACUUGGCAAUACCGUAUGGCGCUGUCACGUAGUUCUGUGAUAAUGGUUGAGGACUUUCCCUACGGUGCCGGUGUCGCAACCGACCAGCUCACGAUCUCUCACGGUGCUAUCGCUCCAGAUAUCUCUUCGACUCCUGAGUUCUGCAACGGAGGACUUUCCACCUUCAGAGACGCGUAUUUUUCACACUUUGUGGCCAUAUCUUUCGAGGGCGUCUUCUCGUCGCGCAAUUCAUUCAUCACCUUCGGCAACUCCAGCAACUGGUUUCGGUCCUUCUCAUCUGCUACCUCUCCCAAAUCCGUCCCCAUUGGAAUCCUACUUAGCGGUGCAAUGCGCUCAUCACUUUUCAACCUCGGCGAGCUCUUACCUGAUAAGAUUCCAUACUCUCGUUAUCGCGAGCCUACUUUGGCUUCCGAUACAACCCUCCUGGCCUCUACUAGUAUGCCAUCCAUCCUACUCCGAGGUCUUGGUGGCCACACCCAAGCGAUAGCCAUCUUCAGCCUGGUACCCCUUGCCUCCCCAUAUCCUCGGCAGAAAGCGAUCGACAUCGGCCUUAUUUACGAUCCUGCCCAUGCCUUCCGUGACGGUAGCCAGGCCUCAGUGUUGCAGCUAUGA